AUGCCGCGGGCUGACUCAGCACUGAUUAGAUUGGCCGAUAUCAACAGCUGGCCGGAAGCUCUCUCCACACUCCCCCAGGUCAAUGCCUCAAACAUGAGACUUCCUCAGUCGCUUUUUCUGCUGGCUGUGGCCGGGUCGUCGGCCCGAGCUAGCAGCGACAAGACAGCCCGUCCUCGGGGCGUGGCGCCGGAAUUUGCCAAGUUCUACCAGGACUCAGAAACCUUCACCUGCAUCUCAAAUCCCACCGUCCGGAUCCCCUUCUCCGCUGUCAACGACGACUUCUGCGACUGUCCCGAUGGCAGUGACGAGCCCGGCACAUCUGCCUGCUCUCACCUCUCCCGCAAUUCCCCUCUGACGGUGGCAGAACGUCCCGGAUAUAGUGAUGCGGAGCUGACGCCAGCGUUGCCCGGAUUCUACUGCAAGAACAAGGGCCACCGGCCCUCGUUCGUGCCGUUCCAACGUGUCAAUGACGGUAUCUGUGAUUACGAGCAAUGCUGUGAUGGCAGUGAUGAAUGGGCGCGCGUUGGAGGCACUAAGUGCGAAGACCGUUGCAAGGAAAUCGGCAAGCAGUGGCGGAAGCAGGAAGAGCAGCGGCAGAAGUCCAUGAAUGUCGCGCUCAGGAAGAAGAAGGACCUCCUUGUGGAUGCCAGACGGCAGCAGCUGGAGAUUGAGGACCAUAUUGUCCGGCUGGAGGCCGAGAUCAAGGGCUCCGAGAUGAAGGUGGAAGGUCUUGAGGCUGAGUUGACGGCCGUCGAGGAGGCGGAACGGAAGAUUGUCCGUAGCAGUGGCAAGGGUAAGGGCAAGGUCAAUCUUCUUGCGAAUUUGGCAAAGGCCCGCGUCAAUGAGUUGCGCGAAGUUCUAGGUGAUGUCCGCCGUCAGCGAGAUGAGGCCCAGUCACGACUGGCAGAGCUCGAGGGGGAUCCUUUCGAAGGUGUCAAGCGUGCCGUGCGUAGCUGGGAGGACUAUGCGGCGCGGGAAGUGGCCAAUGACGAAACUGUUGAAGACACCGCAGAGGACCAGGACUACCUCUUGAAUGAGGUUUCUAAGCUCGACGGGGAGAGCUCCGGUAUUAACUGGGAGCAAUGGGAGAAUGAAGAGGACGGCUGUGGCGAUAACGAUUUAGUCUACAAGCUUGCGGCUUAUCUGCCUCCGUCUCUUGUCGAGUUUAUUGAAGAUCAAGUCCUGACCGUGAAGUCCUUCCUUGAAUCCAGUGGCAUCAUCUCCAAGCCCGAGGAGGAGUCGUCCUCGGAGUCCAAGGCCGUGACCGAGGCCCGCAACGCGCUCAACUCCGAACAGGAUUCCCUCAAGGACCUGAAGAACAAGCUUCGCGACCAGCGAGCCGAUCUCGAGAAGGACUACGGAAGGGCUGGCAUCUUCCGUGCCCUCAAGGGCCAGUGCGUGCAGAAGGAUGCAGGCGAAUACACAUACGAGCACUGCUUCCUGGACGGCACCAAGCAGAUCUCGAAGAAGGGCGGCUCCUCGAUGUCCAUGGGCAAAUUCACUAAGAUCGGGUAUACGACUGUCGAAGAACUGAACGACGCGGGCGAGAUCAUCUCCGUGGAGAAGGUGGCCCUCGAGUACGAGCGGGGCCAGCACUGCUGGAACGGGCCGAACCGGUCCACCAGAGUCGUGCUCGAGUGUGGCGAGGAGAAUGAGAUCUUGAAGACCUCCGAGGACGAGAAGUGUGUCUACUCGAUGCUUGUGACGACCCCGGCAGUCUGUGUCGGUGGCGAGGAAGACGGCACCGGCGCCCCCCGUUCCAAGGAUGAGCUGUGA